GAGAGAGAGAGAGCACCAAUGGCUUCCCAUGAAAUAGAAAUCAUCACUCCAUCCUCUGAUAAGAACAACAACGUUGCUGAUGGACUUCCUUCUGAAGUGAAUGAUAAUCCAAUAGAGCAAGUGAGGUUGACGGUGCCAAUAACCGAUGAUCCGACAUUGCAGACAUUGACGUUUCGAACAUGGACAUUAGGAGUGGCCGGUUGCUUUAUAAUGUCCUUCAUCAACCAGUUCUUCGGGUACCGAACAAAUGCGAUAACAAUUACAUCUGUCUGUGCUCAGAUUGUAGUUCUUCCAUUAGGGAAGCUAAUGGCUGCCACACUGCCAAAAUGCAAAAUCAAAUUCCCUCUCACUAACUGGACCUUUUCAUUAAACCCUGGACCUUUUAAUAUGAAAGAGCAUGUUCUCAUUACCAUAAUUGCGAAUGCCGGUAAUGGCGGUAUCUAUGCACUGGACAUCAUCACUGCAGUUAAGGCUUACUAUCACCGGCAAUUGAAUCCCCUCGCCGCAUAUUUGCUAUGUCUUACAACUCAGAUGCUUGGUUAUGGAUGGGCUGGUUUGUUCAGAAAGUACUUAGUGGAUUCUCCUUACAUGUGGUGGCCAAUAAAUCUUAUUCAAGUCUCACUCUUCAGAACAUUGCAUGAAAAGGAAAAGAGGCCAAAAGGAGGGCUUUCAAGGAUGCAAUUCUUCCUAAUGGUUUUCGCCUUUAGUUUCUGCUACUAUCUUCUCCCCGGCUAUCUUAUUCCUUCGAUUUCGAUGUUUUCCAUUGCUUGCUGGAUAUGGAAAAAAUCUGUCACUGCCAACAUUAUCGGCUCUGGCCAACACGGGCUCGGCAUCGGCUCAUUUGGUUUAGAUUGGGCAACAAUUACUUACCUCGGAAGUCCUUUAUCAUACCCGGCAUUUGCUUUGUACAAUAUAAUGGCAGGCUUUGUCAUCAUAAUUUAUAUUAUUACUCCGAUCAUCUACUGGACCAAUACAUACAAUGCGAAGCGAUUUCCGAUCAUCACUCCAAAUGUUUACGACAGUAAUGGACAGCCUUACAACGUUACUCGCAUACUCAAUCAGGAAACUUUCUCAAUCAACUUGAAAGAAUACGAGAAUUACAGCCGUUUGAACAUGAGUGCUUACUUCGCCCUUGCUUAUGGUCUCAGUUUCGCUACACUCACCGCUGUACUAUCCCAUGUCGCUCUGUUCAACGGCAAAUCAAUAUUGAAGCUAUGGAAGCAGACGACGAAGAGUGCAAAUGAAAAGUUUGCCGACGUGCACCUGAGGCUAAUGAAGAGGAAUUACAAGACGGUUCCACAGUGGUGGUUUAUCGUCCUCUUGAUGGUGGUGUUCGGGCUUUCGAUCUGGACUUGUGAGGGCUUUGGAAAGCAGUUGCAGCUACCAUACUGGGGCAUCAUACUUGCUUGUGCCAUUGCUUUCUUCUUCACUCUCCCUGUGGGUAUUAUCACUGCAACCACUAAUCAGACACCAGGAUUGAAUGUAGUGACAGAGAUGGUAAUAGGGUAUCUCUACCCAGGGAAACCAUUAGCAAAUGUUGCAUUCAAAACUUAUGGAUACAUAAGCAUGACUCAAGCUCUAUUUUUACUUCAAGAUCUCAAGUUAGGUCAUUACAUGAAAAUACCACCCAGAUCCAUGUUUAUUGCCCAGCUUGUAGGAACAAUAGUGACAUCAUCGGUAUACUUCGGCACCGCGUGGUGGCUGCUAGAAUCAAUCCCAAACAUUUGCAAUGAUGCCCUUCUGCCGGAGAGCAGCCCAUGGACAUGCCCGGGCAGCAAUGUGUUCUACAACGCCUCCAUCAUUUGGGGUGUCCUCGGUCCUUUACGCAUAUUCACUAAACUAGGCCUCUACUCAAUGAUGAAUUACUUCUUCCUCAUCGGCGCGCUUGCUCCGGUACCAAUUUGGCUUCUUUCCAAAAAAUUCCCGGAGAAAAAAUGGAUUAAAGACAUCAAUAUGCCGAUAUUGAUCGGUGCAACAGCGUAUAUGCCUCCGGCAAGAUCAGUGAACUAUAUUACCUGGUUUGUUGUAGGAUACAUUUUUAAUGUGGUGAUUUACAAGAAGUAUAAAGGUUGGUGGACAAGGCAUAAUUAUGUGUUAUCGGCGGCGAUGGACGCCGGCGUCGCCUUCAUGGCCAUUCUUCUCUUCUUUAGUUUGCAGUAUUUUAACAUCUAUGGUGUAGAGUGGUGGGGAAAUGCUGGUGAUGAUCACUGCCCUUAUGCUACUUGUCCUACAGCUCCUGGGGUGAUCAGGAAGGGAUGCCCUGUGUUUCAUUAACUAGAUACUCUCAUUAUCUUUUGCAUCAUUUGGUUUGUUUGCCAGGCUUUUGUGUUUAUUGAAAUUUUCAUCAUGGGACAUUCUAAUUAAUUUCAUUUGUGGUUUGUUAAUAGAUUGGUAAUGUUAUGUUA